CAGGUAUAUAAGUCGCUAUCUUGGCAAUUGAUAUCAGUUUGAGUUCGUUCAUUCAAGUGCUCACAUCGCCGAUUGAAAGAGAUGCGCGUUUUUUUAAUUCUCGCUAGCUGCUUGGCAUUGGCCGCCGUCAAGGCGUCAGAUAGUAAAAAAGUCGUCUGUUAUUUUGGUAGCUGGUCAGUCUACCGUCCGGGGAAUGGCCAAUUCGACAUCAGUGAUAUCGAUCCCACCGUCUGCACCCAUCUGAUCUACACCUUCGUGGGUCUUGAAGAUGACAGCGUGAAGGUUCUCGAUCCUUGGCAGGACCUCCCCGACGAAUGGGGCAAGGACGGCUUCGGGCGUUUCAACGCCCUGCGUAAGAGGAACAGUUCAGUCAAAACGCUGAUCGCCAUUGGAGGAUGGAACGAGGGAUCAGCAAAGUACUCUCAGAUGGCUGCUAACGCAGCAUCACGGGAGCAAUUUGCUGAUAAUGUCGUGAAAUUCGUCAAGAAAUGGGGAUUCGACGGCUUCGACGUCGACUGGGAGUACCCGGCACAGCGCGGUGGAGCGCCUCAGGACCGCGUGAAUUACGUCGAACUCCUGAAGACCUUGAGGUCACGUUUCGAUAAAGAGGGACUCCUUUUGAGUGCCGCUGUGGCUGCUGCUGAGUCGUCUGCCUCGAAAUCAUUCAAUAUUCCGGAGAUGAGCAAAUAUUUGGACUUUAUCAACAUCAUGGCUUAUGAUCUCCACGGAGCUUGGGAAUCCGUCACUGGUAUCAAUGCACCCCUUCAACCCGCCUCUUCCGACACUGCGGCGAACAAGAAAUUGGCUGUUCAAUCUGCAGUUAAGUACUGGCUGCAACAAGGUGCACCCAGGGAGAAACUCGUCCUCGGAAUGCCACUCUAUGGACGAGCCUUCACACUGGCGAAUCCGUCAGAUAAUGGAGUUGGAGCUCCAGCUCGUGGCGCUGGUACUGCUGGACCUUAUACUCGUGAGCCUGGAAUGUUGGGGUACAAUGAAAUCUGCGAGACGCAAGCUCAAGGGGGCUGGAAAGUCGUUUACGAUGAAGAACGUCGUGCGCCUUAUGCGACUAAGGGAGAUCAGUGGGUUGGAUACGAUAAUGUCAAAUCAAUCCGCGAAAAGGCGGAACUCGUCAAAGAUCUGGAUUUAGGUGGUGCCAUGGUCUGGAGUAUAGAAACUGACGACUUCAAGGGACUCUGCGGUGAGAAAUACCCGCUCCUUAAGACCAUCAAUGCAGUCCUUCGCGGUGGAAAGGCAGUUCCUGAGGAGGCAAGCCCACCAGCAGAACCGGAAGUAACAGAAGUGGCAGAGGUACCAGAAACUGCGGAGCCAAUUGGAGAUGAACCAACCUCCCGCCCAGGUCUUUGCACCCUGGCGGGAAACAUCCCUGACCCAGACUCCUGUGGAUUCAUCGCCUGUGUCCCUAGUGUCAAGGGUAGAUUCGAACAACAUCCCAUGCAGUGCGCUCCCGGCCUCUGUUUCAACCCAUCCAAUGGAAUCUGUGACUGGAUAUAGAAUCAAUUCACCCAUUCUUCAAUCAAUUCUGAUUGAUCAUUCGUUAAUGUCUCGAUGAACUACUGUAGACAGAUGCUAGAUUUUGUAAUAGAAUAUAAAGAAUUUACUGCAAAUCA